ACAGUUCAGGGAGCCCGAGUGUGGGACUUUUUGGUGGCAAGAGAGCCUCAGUGAUGGGCUAGUGGUGAGGGAGGACAAGGACAAUUACCAGAUCUCUGCGGGUUUCCGCUUCCCUCCAGGGCACUGGGUGAGGCAGUGAGACCGAGGCUCGACGAGGUAGCGCCGCUAUGUGGCCCCCGGACGCGGAGCCGGAGCCCGAUCCGGAGUCUGUGGACCGCCCCCGAAGUGGCAGGACAGUGCCGGGGCUCCGCGCCCUGUUGCCUGCGCGCGCCUUCCUCUGCUCGCUCAAAGGCCGCCUCCUGCUGGCGGAGUCGGGACUCUCAUUCAUUACCUUCAUCUGCUACGUGGUGUCCUCGGCAUCUGCCUUCCUCACGGUACCUCUGCUGGAGUUCCUUUUGGCUGUUUACUUCCUCUUUGCUGAUGCCAUGCAGCUGAAUGACAAAUGGCAGGGCCUGUGCUGGCCCAUGAUGGACUUCCUGCGCUGUGUCACGGCUGCCCUCAUCUACUUCGUCAUCUCCAUCACAGCCGUUGCCAAAUAUUCAGAGGGAGCUUACAAAGCAGCUGGAGUUUUUGGCUUUUUUGCCACAAUUGUGUUUGCAAUUGACUUCUACCUGAUCUUUAAUGAAGUGGCCAAAUUCCUCAAGCAAGGAGACUCUGUGAAUGAGACCACGGCCCAUGAGACAGCAGGAGAUCAUUCCAGCUCCAGCUCCGACUCCGACUCAGAAUGAGAAGGCCUGUCUGCGCCUGCGCCUGGCGCCACUCAGCCCUCCCAUCCAUACCAUCCUGAUGGGGCUACAGGAGCAUGGCAGUGAACGCCCACCGGAAAGCAGACCGAGGAACAGGUUUCUGAGAUUAUGCCCCUGAGCCUCACACUCAAAAUUGGCUGUGCUGGCUUAGCAGUGCUGAGCUGGCACAUGAGGAGACUGAAUAUCCUACCUUCUCCCGUUUCCGUCCUAAAGACCUGAGCCUUUGAACCUCACUGACCCAUGGGAGCAGACACAUCACAGGAGCCAGGCACUGUAGUUCAGGUGGCAGCGUGGGGUGUGGUCACAGCAGGCUGACCCACCCAGCCCUGGUGGGCUCUGCAUGGAGGGCUCCUGUUCACGCCUGCACUUUGUUGAGAGAACUUUCAGGAAUCUUUGUUCGAGAAGUUUCCCUCCUCACUGUAAAACGGGGAGAAACCCAAAUAGCCAAGUCUUCCAUUGUGGGUCUGAGACCUUUUCAGCAAAGACCUGUCUGUCUACCAGGGCCAGAGACAGGGAGCCGACCAGGGCAGCGGUGCUGACAAAGUCACAAAUGGCUGGGCGGGCCCAGUCAAGCCCUUUCCUCCCGGGAGACACCUGGACAGGCCCGUUGACAUGGGCCCUCUCUGUGUUCACUUGGGGGCUGAUACUGUGGAUAUCUUUGAUGUUUUCUAACUUUUUUUGUAACUUUUUUAUUCAAAAGCAACGUAACAAAUGGCAUUUUCUGUGACCCUAGAGGCCCCAUGAAUGAGCCAGAGUUCUGGGCCCAUGCCUUAGAUGUUUGUAACCUUCCUACCUUGCAUGUAAAUUCCCUCCCUAAAAGAAUGCCACAAUGGAUUAAAACAAACUGCCUACCUGCUCA